AAAGAAAAGAAUCUCAUUUGUUUUAUGGAUACACCCAUUACCUAUAAAAAACUUUGAUCUCGUUAUAGAUUAUUACCAUGUUGACGAUCUACCUGAUCAACUUCGAGAAUGGACUUUUCAAUUGGUGAAAAGCAACUUAUAUGACAUGUACAACAAAUCAAAUGAUGGUUGGAGUGAUCAAGGAAAAAGAAAGGAAAUGCUUACACCUCAAACUCGAUAUCUGAUUGCAAGGUCCAGUACAGAUCCAAAUGAUUUAAAAGGAUUUCUAUCCUUUCAAAUGGUACAAGAGGAAACAAUGGAUGAUGAUGUUACAGCUAAUUGUGCGUAUUGUUACGAAAUUCAAUUAAUGGAAAAUGCAAGGAAUAGAGGUUUAGGUGAAUUUUUAAUGAAUUUAUUAAGUAAAAUUGGUUCAUUCUGGAAAAUGGAUAAAGUGAUGUUAACUGUAUUUAAGGCCAAUAAAGGAGCCUUCCGUUUUUAUACAGACAAGUUAGGGUUUACAUUAGAUGAAAUAUCUCCUGGUGCUUGCCUACCACGUUACAAAGCAAAGCAAUUUGAUUAUGAGUUAUUAAGCAAGCCCUGUACAUAAGUAAUAAAUAUACAAAUGUGCUUACCUUUUUUUUUUUUACGAAACGAGAAAAUUUUCAAUGGCUUCAUGUACUGAUUUCCAUUGAGCAUUAAGUAUGUCAUGCCCUUCCUC